AUGAAAGUUGAUCACAGUGAAUCGUCCUACAGAAGGUUUUCGGGUCCCAGAGUAAUCACCAACCGCCGUUCGAAAGCCAAUCAACGGGAACGAAACCGAAUGCACGGUUUAAACGAUGCUCUGGAUCGGUUGAGGAGUUGCCUUCCUAUACCCCAAAUGGUUAACGUGUCCCGGUGCGAUCACACCGCACCGCACCGACUGUCUAAAAUUGAAACUCUACGGUUGGCAAGAAAUUAUAUCGUAGCAUUGAUUGAAGCAUUGAGCACUAAUCGCCGCCUUGAGUACUUUGAACUGUUGGGGAUUCUAUCGGAACAGAUCAGUCAGAACACGUGCAAUCUGUUGCGGAUGAAACUGCUUCUGGAUGAAGAGCUGAAGCUGGAACUGAUAGAGCCAUACUGCGAGAAGCGAGCUUGCUUUUGCAAAUUUAAGGCUCCCGUUGGCUGCGACGUUCGAUGUGAACUUGGCGAAACGGGAUUCAUUGGCUGUGAGUUGGUCGAGGGUGAAUUUUGUCAUCUAUGUUUCGAACACAUGUGAAAUUUUCUAUACGUAACAAAAUAUAUUAUAGUAAAAAUAAAUCAUGUACGCACUCGCUAAUUUCGAAUAAUCUCCUUGAUGUGUAUAAUUAAAUAGUAAAUAAA